AUGAAAGCCUAUCAGGACACCAUCUCGGAAGCCUGGACAGCAAAUCAAAUUACUGGAUCAGCCCAGUUUAAACUUGCCAGAGCAAUGAAAUUUCUGAAACAUAUGCUUAGGCGUUUAAACAAGCGGAACUUCAGUGGGAUCUCGGCAAGAGUCAAGGAGCAGGCUCUUAAACUAACAGAGCUUCAGCGAUCGCUCCUAACAAGCCCGCGGAUAACACAUCUGCUGUUUGCCGAUGACCUUCUAGUUUUUUCAGAUGGCUUAAGGCACUCUUUAUCUGGAAUCAAAGAGAUCAUGGCUUAUUUUAGGGACAUCUCAGGACUUGACAUGAAUCCCUCUAAGACAGAAAUUUUCUUCAGCGGCUAUGAUGAGACUCAGGUGGCGGUUUUAAGUGGCAUAUCUGGGUUUAAAAUAGAUACAUUUCCGACAAGGUAUCUUGGACUUCCCCUGAACCCUAACCGAAUCACGAUGUCUUCUCUUCAGCCUUUUGUGGAGAAGAUAACUAGCAAGUUACACUCUUGGACAGUCAAAAGUCUCUCUUUUGCCGGAAAGAUAAGAUUGAUGUCUUUGGUGAUCUACGGCAUGGUGAAUUUCUGGAAAUUAGUUUUCACUCUACCAAAGAUGCUACAAGGGAUGGUAGCUGGAAUUUGCUUGCUGCUUGAUCUGACAAAGCAGGUCGUUCUGUCAACUUUCACACUGCCUCUUGCAUCUAGAGGACCAGAUUGCUACCUUAUGCGUAAUAGGGUGGGUAUGUUUGUCGAAGAUUUCUCAUCUGAGGCCACUUGGAAUUUUCUGCGUGAGCACUCCGCUAUGGUUCCUUGGAGCUCUGUAAUAUGGUUCAGAGAAGCUAUUCCGCGUUGCUCCUUUAUCCCCUGGUUGCGAUCGAGGAGGGGAGCAGUUGCCCGGCUCUUGUUUCAGGUAAUCAUCAAUAGUCUCUGGAAGGAGCGCAACGGAAGAAUCUUUAGCGCCAACCGCUCCGCAGCUGCCGUUAUCUGUUCCGCUGUUGACAGGAUCAUGAGGGAUCGUCUCCUCUCCCUCCCAGGCACCACUGAAAACUCGCCUUCUUCUUGUGUUGUUUUUUCAUUGUUCGGCUGCUGGUGUGUAAUUUCUGUCUCCUAG